UGUUUGUUGGCCGCCAGUCGCCGAUGUCACCUCGAAGACGCUGUUACGCGGUUUUGUGAAGCGCGCAAAAAUUAUUAAAUUUAUAUAUUGAACGGCAAAUCAGUUUUCUUCGAUUUACCAAAGUGCUAUCGCUUGAAUACGGUUGAUCGAUAAUAAUGCUAUCAGCGAGGGAGCAGUUUUUUAACAGCGAUGGCGGCGCCGCUGGCAUCGGAUUGGGCAUCGAAGUAGGCGAAAGCAGUACAUCUAAGGCGGGUCGUGGAGUGUACAACGCCACAACAGAGCCCAUGACGAAUGCCAGUAGCUGGGGCAAUGGGCGCACGAACACAGCGACCAAUGCCGCACCCGCUGCGAUUGCCACAACAAAUGUCACCGCAACGCCCACAAGUUCUCAGGUUGCGGCCGUCAAGCAAACGCCAUUGGAGCCAGUGGAUGAGGGUGAGGAAGAAGUGCAUUUUGACACGGAUGCUCUGUCCAAUCUACCCGGUCGUGAUCCCGUGGAUAUUGAAUUCAAAGAGCUCUCGUUGACCGUCAAAUUGGGCUUCAAUCGAGGCGAAAAGGAAAUUUUGCAUAAUGUUUGUGGUAAAUUUCCCGGUAGUCAGUUGAUUGCCAUAAUGGGUCCAUCUGGAGCUGGUAAAUCGACGCUCCUGGAUGCUUUAUCGGGAUUCAAGACAACUGGAGUGGUUGGCAACAUACUGCUAAAUGGCCGUCGACGCGAUCUUCCUUCAUUCCGACGGUUGUCCUGUUAUAUCACACAGGACGAUCGCCUGCAGCCCUUGUUGACUGUUAGUGAAAAUAUGCAUAUUGCUGCUGAUUUGAAAUUGGGAGAGAAUGUCAGCUACGAAGAGAAGGAAAGCAGGAUUGAAGAUAUUUUAUUGCUGCUGGGUCUUUAUGACCACGAUCAGACGUUGACAAUGCGUCUGUCUGGCGGUCAGAAGAAGAGGCUAUCCAUUGCCAUGGAAUUGAUUAAUAAUCCCACUGUGAUGUUCCUGGACGAGCCAACCACUGGCUUGGACAGCAGUUCCUGCACCAAAGUCUUGGAGUUGCUCAAGAGAUUGACAUCUCAGGGGCGCACAAUCAUUUGCACUAUACAUCAGCCGACUGCAAAGCUGUUUCAGAUUUUCGACCAGGUCUAUGUGCUCUCCGCCGGUAACUGUGUCUAUCAGGGCGGCACCCAGAAACUGGUACCCUUCCUGCAGUCGGUGGAUCUACCUUGCCCCAUGUACCACAAUCCAGCAGAUUACAUUAUUGAGUUGGCAUGCGGCGAGUACGGAUUUGAUAAGGUCGAUACCCUUAAGAGCGCCACGGAGAACGGCAGCUGUUUGACCUGGUUCAACAAUCCCGGCGCUGUGCUUCGCUCCGAAGCACUCAUGCGCAAACACCCCAUACCGAAACGAACGAAAAACGUUUCUCUUGAAAACACUAGCUUCGCCAAUCAGUGCUCUGUUCUUCUACGCCGUGGUUACAUUAAGGCGCGUCGUGAUACCACGAUGACGCACUUGCGCAUUAUCGUCAACAUUAUGGUGGCUGUGCUUUAUGGCGCGAUGUAUGAUCAUGCUGGCCGAGAGGGUUCACGGGUACUUGACAAUUAUAACCUACUUUUUGCCAUAUUGAUGCAUCACUCCAUGACAACGAUGAUGUUAACGGUGCUGACAUUCCCCAUUGAGAUGACGAUUUUAAUUAAGGAACACUUUAAUCGCUGGUACUCACUAAAAGCCUUCUACUUUGCCAUGACUGUGAUAGACUUGCCAAUAACACUCAUCAGUAGUUUCGUAUUCUCUGUAAUUAUUUAUUUGUGGAGUUAUCAGCCCAUGGAAUGGGUUCGUUUUUGGAUGUUCUUCUCCAUCAGUUUGCUCAUAGUGUUUGUUGGUCAAAGCUUUGGUCUUAUCAUCGGCGCCUGGUUCGAUGUCGUCAACGGCACAUUCCUGGCUCCAGUGCUCACCAUACCCAUGAUGAUGUUCGCCGGCUUUGGUGUCACGCUGCGGGAUCUUCCGAGCUACUUAAAAUGGGGUAGUCAUAUAUCCCAUUUACGAUAUGGCCUGGAGGGUUUCAUAGGGGCCAUCUAUGGCCUCAAUCGCGGCGUUCUCGAGUGUAACGAAGCACCGUACUGCCAUUACAGAUAUCCAAAGAAAUUCCUAGAGGAAAUUACCAUGUCGGGUGAUCAGUUCUGGAAGGACAUCAUUGCACUGUGUGUAAUGACUUUCCUCUUACGAUUUGGCGCCUAUGUUGUGCUCAAGGCCAAGAUUAAAUCAAUCAGAUGAGCUCACACUUCCAUAACCGUGAAAGCUUGCCCUCUGUAUUAUGUAUCAAUUGUUGAACGUUAAAUUUAGUGUUAUAUUUUUUAAAUUAAUUACAUUACAAACUUGUUAAUUAAAACUAUGGGACGUAGAUUGUAUAGAUAUA